CAAUUCCAACAAAAAAAAAAAAAAAACAUACAUUCCGUUCGAAUUCAGUUCCCCGAUUCGUAAUUUCAGCAGAACAAUGCCCAUUCUCCUCGCCCUCCUCCUUCUUCAACUCCUCACCACCCUCUGUUUCUCUGCACCAAAACCAGAAACUCUAAUCCUGCCCCUCAAAACACAGACCCUCCCACAGGGGUCCCUCCCAAAAUCCACCAACAAGCUCUCCUUCCACCACAACGUCACCCUCACAAUCUCCCUCUCCGUCGGCUCUCCGCCGCAGCAAGUCACCAUGGUCCUCGACACAGGCAGCGAGCUUUCGUGGCUUCGUUGCAAAAAAGCCCCCAACUUCAACCUUGUCUUCAACCCACUCGCCUCCAAGUCCUACUACCCAGUCCCCUGCUCCUCCCCCGUAUGCCGGAACCGAACCCGCGACUUCCCCAUACCCGUUUCCUGCGACCCGAAAAAGCUCUGCCACUCCAUUCUCUCCUACGCCGACGCCUCCUCCAUCGAAGGUAACCUCGCACGGGAAACUUUCAAUCUCGGGUCGUCCGCCCAACCCGGUACCAUAUUCGGCUGCAUGGAUUCCGGGUCCAGUUCGAACGCUGAUGAGGACUCCAAGACAACCGGGUUAAUGGGCAUGAACCGCGGUUCAUUAUCCUUUGUUACACAGAUGGGAUUUCCGAAAUUUUCCUACUGCAUAUCGGGUCGCGACUCGUCUGGUGUUUUGCUUUUCGGGGAAGCGAAGUUCGAUUGGCUCAAACCGUUAAAUUACACCCCACUGGUUCAUAUUUCAACCCCAUUGCCGUACUUCGACCGGGUAGCGUACACGGUCCAGCUGGAGGGGAUCCGGGUUGGAGGGAAGGUGUUACUGCUCCCGAAGUCCGUUUUCGUACCGGACCAUUCCGGGGCAGGUCAAACAAUGGUCGACUCGGGAACCCAGUUCACGUUCCUACUCGGUCCGGUUUACACCGCGCUGAAAAAGGAAUUCACUCAGCAGACCAAACCGGUGCUUAACCUUUUGAACGACCCGAAUUUUGUGUUCCAAGGAGCGAUGGAUUUGUGUUUCCAAGUCCCGACGAACCGGCCGAGUCUGCCCGCGUUGCCGACAAUAACACUGAUGUUUCGGGGGGCCGAGAUGAGCGUAUCGGGGGAAAGGCUGCUGUAUCGGGUGCCGGGAAUGGUGAGGGGCGGGAAUCAGGUGUAUUGCUUCACAUAUGGGAACUCUGACUUGCUGGGCAUACAGGCGUCUGUGAUUGGUCACUAUCAUCAGCAGAACGUGUGGAUGGAGUUUGAUUUGGAAAAUUCUAGGGUGGGAGUGGCUGAGGUUAGGUGUGAACUUGCAAGUCAAAAGCUUGGUCUCUAGGUGCUUAAGUGGGACCCCUGCUGGGUCUGAGCUGGCAAAUCUUUGGUGGGGUCUAUUUUCGGAGAAUAACUUACACUUCGACUAUGUUAUUGUAAAUGUAUCUCAAAUUAAUAACGCAUUAUAACAAAAAAAUAGUUGUUAUUGUGCUA